AUGACCACCGCUCCGGCAAGAUCGUUAUCCAGCUUAACGGCCGGUAUCCUCAACAAGUGUGGUGUCAUCAACCCCCGCUACCCCGUCCAGCUCCGUGACCUCGAGAAGUGGGCCACUCAGCUCCUUCCCUCCCGUCAGUUCGGUUACGUCGUCCUGACCACCUCCGCCGGUAUCAUGGACCACGAGGAGGCUCGCCGCAAGCACGUUGCUGGCAAGCUCCUCGGCUUCUUCUACUAG